UCCCUCCCUCCCUUACACAAUCAACAAUGGCCGCCGCCACCAACCUUCUCACCUCAGUCUUCAUCCUCUAUCUGUCUUUCGCCUUUCAGUUGUUCCCCUCUGGGAAUAGCGAGCUCCAAUCGAGUUUUUAUGGAGAGAGCUGCCCUAGAGCUGAAGAGAUCAUCAAAGAAGAGGUGAUUAAGCUUUACAAUGAACAUGGCAACACCGCCGUUUCUUGGCUUCGCAACCUCUUCCACGACUGUGUCGUCAAGUCGUGCGAUGCAUCGCUACUGCUAGAAACGGUAAACGGAAUCAAAUCGGAGAAGGACACCAGCCGAAGCUUCGGGAUGAGGAAUUUCAAGUACGUCGCCACCAUCAAGCGCGCCCUCGAGUCCCACUGCCCAUCCACCGUCUCCUGCGCCGACAUCGUCGCUCUCUCUGCCCGCGACGGGAUUGUCAUGCUGGGCGGCCCGAGAGUGGAGCUGAAAACGGGGCGCAGAGACAGCAAGCAGAGCUACGCUUCGGAUGUGGAGAGCUCCAUCCCCAACCACAACGACUCCAUCUCGGCCGUCCUCUCCCGUUUCGGGUCCAUGGGCCUCGACACCGAGUCCACGGUCGCUCUCCUCGGGGCCCACUCCGUCGGCCGGGUCCACUGCGUCAAUCUGGUGGGCCGGCUCUACCCGACCGUCGACCCGACUCUCGACCCGGAAUACGCCGGGUACCUCAAGGCCCGGUGCCCGACCCCGGACCCGGACCCGAAGUCCGUGCUCUACUCGAGAAACGACCGCGAGACCCCGAUGAUUCUGGACAACAUGUACUACAAGAACGUGCUGGAGCACAAGGGGUUGCUUUCGGUGGACCAGCAGCUGGCUUCCGACCCUCGCACGGCGCCGUUUGUGGAGAGGAUGGCUGGCGACAACGGCUAUUUCCACCAGCAGUUUGCCAGGGCGGUGGUGGUAUUGUCGGAGAACAACCCGCUCACUGGGCCGGAGGGGGAGGUUAGGAAGGAUUGUCGUUACGUUAAUAGCAACUAAACGGGCGGGCUUGAAGUGAAGUCCAUAUAUUUAUGGGCCUAAGGCCUUGUAAUGAGUAAUGACAGUUGGAUCGAUCUUUGAGUUGAAAGUGCUUUCGAAAUAAUAUGAUGCAUAUGUUACUGUAAGUAUUGGGCGCGUGCUCUAAUAGACC